AUGUCAUCAACAGCGCUGAACACGCUUGAGCCGUUUAGUACGCUUGGUAUGACUGGCAUUGCGGGAACAGGACCGCAUUAUGUAAAUGAUGCUUCGAUUGUUUUGCCUGCUGGCAAUCAAAUUAUUCAGCAAUCAAUCGAUACAGGCGAAAGAAUGAUAUUAUUCGGAAAUAGAAUAACAUCAAAUGAGCCACGCAAUGAAGAACUCACAGCUUUUGCGGUCUCUCAUGAUUCAACAUACCUCGCUCUCGCUGCAUUAAGAAAAGAUGUCGAACCUGUUAUAAAUAUUUACUAUUUACAGAAACAAACAUUAUACGCAUCACUUCCACAACCAAAAUCAGUUCGUAUUUUCUUUGCAACGUUCCAUAUGAAACAAAAAUUACUUUUAUUUGGCGUAAGUUAUCCGCGUACCCACUCUCUCAUCAUAUACGAUUUAACUACAAAGCAGGAGAUAAAGAACGUCAGCAUACCAGCUCCUUUCAUUAGCGCGAGUUUUAACCCAGAUCAAAGUGAUUCAUCGGUUAUCUUCCAUACAGCAACAGAUUUAUAUUACGUAGGAAGUGCCAGUAAGACAGCUACUAAAAUUGACUGUCCAAACUACAGUAAAUUCACUGGUUUUGUAUAUUCACUCAAUGAAAGAAAUGUUUGCAUUGCAACAUCAGGCAGAGAUCUUAUUUUCUACCAAGAUUUCACAUUUAGCCAUACAAUGACAAUAACAGAAGAAUCUCCAAUUAUUUAUUUUGCAACUUUCAACCAUGGACUUGUUGCAGCAACAGAAAACUACAAAUUAAUACUAUUCCAACACAUUUCUGUACCUAAAGAUCUCGCCAGAUCAUUCCAACAAGGUCCAAUUGUUACAUAUGGCAUGAAACAUCCAAUUGUAUGGACAUCUUUCUCUCAAAGUGCGCAUCAAAUGGUUAUUGAUGUCGAUCACAGACAGUUGUUGCUUGUGAAUAUGAGAGAAUUCGAAUCAAACCCUGAUAAUGCAAUUAUUAAUCCGAAUAUUGUAUCUCAUAAAGGUCCAGUCGUUGCUAUUAGCUCAUGUGCAUACAAACCAAUGCUUGUAAGUUGCGGCCAAAUUGAUAGAACAGUUAUCGUUUGGGAUUAUUCGAAGCAAGCAAGCGUUUUAUAUCACGAAUUCCCUGAAGACCUCAAGGAUGUUGCAUUCCACCCUAGUGGAGACCUUAUUGCCGUUGCUUCAAGUGAUAAAUUAUAUCUUAUGACCGUAACAGUUGAUGAUUUGAUACAGAGAGCUGAAUGGCCGCUUUUCAACUGUCUUUCCAUACAGUUUUCCAAUGGUGGCCACUUCUUAGUUGCAGCAUCUCAUAUUAUUACUUUCAUUAACCCAUAUACACAAGAAAUUGUUGCCACUCUCCGUGCUCACACGGGUCUUAUCAACAGCCUUGGCUUCUCCCCAGACGAUAAAAAGCUUGUUAGCUCCGGAAGCGAUGGAAAAAUUGUUGUUUGGAGCGCUGUUACUCAACUCCCUGAGUGGUCGCUUGAUAUUCCAAAGGCAAACUUUGUUUCUUCCGUUAUUAGCCACAGAGGAACUGUAAUUGCUGCUGCAAAAACAAACGUAAUCCACCAUUUGUUCUCUCAAAGAAGACAUAUGAGAAUAAGUGAAGCAGAAAUUGGUUUCACAGCUGUACUUUUCGCAAGUAACACUUGCAUUAUUUUAGGAGAUAUCCUUGGUGGCAUCACCGUUGUUCCAUUCCCAUUCAUUGUCCCAUCAAGCCACCAAAGCGAAUUCGAAAACAUUCCUCAGCUUGAGUUUUCGGAUGGUUCUGCCACAGAAGAUAACAAACCUGUCAGAACUAUACCUUUCCUUAGUGGACAGACCUUCAAAUCACAUUGUGGAGAGGUCACAAGACUUUGUUCCUCCCUCGACAGCAAAGUUCUCUUUACAUCUGCCACUGAUUCCUCCAUUUGUGUCUUCAACAUUCUCUCUGCUAACCAAACUGUUACUCAAAGUCGUAUUCCUAUAUUGAGAUGCGAUAUUCCAUGCCAGCAAUUCUUCCUUGUUCCUCAAUCAAGAUACGAUGAAUUGCAACACGGAAUUGAGAAACUAAAGAGAGAUAUCCAGUCACAACAGAAUGACUACGAACAGAAAACAAUCGAGAGUUUACGUGCCCACCAAAAGAAUUUAGACGAAUUACAACGCCAACAUCGCGAAAAGAAGGAAAAACUCAAUCAACAGAUAGAAGGACUCAUGGCCGCAAUGAACGAUUCAACGAUCAAGGCCGCUCUCAUUUACCAAAACAUGGAAGCCGCUCAUAUGAAUGAAGCCAAAGUUCUUACAAACUUAUACGAACAGAAGUUGAGUUUAGAACGUUCCAAAUGCGAUGGCCUUCAGAAAGAAGUCGAAGACUUGAAGUGCUCUUACGAAGAAAGAAUUUAUUUGUUACAACAACAGUAUAAAUCGAGUCUUGAAGAGCUUGGAAACAAAAUUUACUCAAAACAAAGCCAGUUACAAAAUGAUUUGGAUGAAACAAAUAAAACAAUACAGAAAGAAGAUGACGACAUGAGUGACAGAAUGAUUGCUUUGGAAGUAGAAUUCGAUCAGGACAGAAUGAUGAUUGACCUGGAAUUCCACAACAAAGCAAUUGAAUUACAUAAUUUGGAGAAAGAACUGAACGCAAAAGUCGAAGAAUUGGCAACAGAAAUCGACAAACAAAUACAGAUAAUUAGCAAUGAUAAUGAGAGAUUAAACACUUUAAAGGAUGAACGCGCCAAAGAAGAAAAAGAAAUCAAAGCACAACAACAUACUUUGGAAUGUAAAACAAGUGAAUUACAUGAUAGAGAAGAAACAUUACAGAGACAAGAAAAUAACAUAGAAAGACUUGAAACAUCCAACAACGAGUUGACCAAAUUCAAAGGCCUUAUGAACAGAAGAAUUGAAGAAAUGUCUGCAGAAUUACAACCAACAAAAGAUGAAAUUGUCAGACACAGAGCGGAAUUGGAUGGAACAAAUGAAGAAAUUAGAACAAACAUGAGAUCAUCGCAGGCUAAACACAGAAAGAUGCAAGAUAAACAGCAUCAAAUCGAUGUGUUAAAGACAAAAUUGGCUGAAGCACAAACAGCUUUAGCUAAAAAGAGAAGAGUUAUUCAGAUAUUUACAGCUGAUUUAAGAGAAGGAGUUUCGAGAUCAACAAUUGAUGAAAGAACAAGUGUUUUGAAGGAAUUACAUGAUAAAUACGUUGCUGUCCAUGACUUGGAAGAGAACAUUAAAGAUGCAAAUGAUACAAUCAAUGAGAACACGAGACAAAGAAAGCAUCUCCAAGAAUCAGUUAUGUUACUUCAGAAAUCUGUAAAUCAACAAAAAACGACAACAAUGAAACAUUUCGAAGCGAAAUCUGCAGAAAAUUCACAGUUGUUGUCGGAUUUGAACGCAAUACAGAAAGAAAACAGAAGCUUAAGGAAGAGAUUGGAUUUGGUCCUUGCUGACGUUGAUAUGCUUCAGUCGAAUUUGAAGAGAGUUCAAGCAACAGCGAGAGAACAAUCAAUUAAAAGACAAAGAUUGGCUCAUUCUGCAAUGCAACAACAGAGCAGAGUAACAAGUGAUUGGGUUAAGAAGAAUACUUCCGGAAAGACAAUGACAGGCAUUUCUGUUGCUGAUGGUCGUGGUAAGUAUUUGCACUCAAAGUAA